AGUAAAACAGGAUCCAUUUAGUGACAAGAGCAGAAAAUUACACGACGAGAGAAACAGAGAGAAAGUUUGACAGUUUUUGUUCCACUGAAUCGUCUGAAACAAUCAAUAAAUUCAUUGUGAAGUAUUUUGUAGGUGAUAUUCUAGUCAGUAAAGAGGAACAUCAACAGUUCUUGACAGGUGUUCAGUGGACUGUUCAGAUGAUGUCAUGGACUCCACAAAGGAUCUCAGUGGACAGACAGACACAGGGAAGGUCAAGAGGAUACACAAACCCUGCCAAAGUGCUGCGGGGAAUCAGGAUGAUGAGGCCCAUUCAUCAGCGAAGCGUCAAUCGGUGAGACGGUGUGAUGUUCACGAGGACACUGUAGGGGAGCCGAAAGUUUUACGGCGAAAAGUCCUUCAGCUGGCUCGUGCAUAUCAACGGCAAUGUGUCAUUCAUGAAGAAUCUCCUGAAUCCAUCUGUGUGUCCAUGAAGAGUGACCGGUCAAUGGAUCAUCCACAUAAAUUCAGUUCAGGAGCCCCUUGUGCUGAUGUGAGUGUCAUUCAUGGAGAAUCUCCUGAACCCAGCUGUGUGUCCAUGAAGAGUGACGAGUCAAUGCGUCAACCACUUACCUUCAGUUCAGGAGAGUCUUUGAUCAACUACAGAAACAAACAGGAUCAAUCAGAGUCAACUGCUGGGAAAGUGCCAUUGGACUCCAUUUUUGAGGAACUUGAGCACAAAAUCAUCUCUCUGAUGAAGAAAGAGCUGAAGAGUAUCAAGAGACUACUGAUCUCAGAUUCCCCAGCAUGCUCUGAGAGAGGAGGAGGGAUGAUGAAGGUCAGAUCAGAGUCAGAGAGGGGUUUCUGAAGAUCACACUGCACGUCCUGAAGAAGAUGAAGCUGACAGACCUCAGCUAACACACUUCAAACCAAACUGAUUUCUGUGCAUCAACAAAAACUCAAAACAAAACUAAAAGAGAAAUUCCAGAGAAUUACUGAAGGAAUGUCAAAUCAAAGCAGCUCAACACUUGUGAAUGAGAUCUACACAGAGCUGUACAUCACAGAGGGAGGG